GUUUCUCACAAUCCCAUCUUCCAUUCUCCCAUUAUUCAGCCUCUCCUUCUCUUCUCCGCCAACCUUGCCCUUCUUCCUUAUCCCUGCCAACCAUUCUACUUCGAUUCUUGCAUUCUGACCUGUUGCUCUCGACCAAGACCUCCAAGCCCAAGCAAUAUGCAUCUCACCUCCGCGCUGGCCGCCAGUGCUUGGGCCCUACAAGCGUCUGCCUUUCUUGUCCCUCUCGAAGUCACCUCCCCAAAGUCCGCCAUAUCAACAGUAGUGCUCUCCGAGUCCAUCUCUCCAUUCGACCUUGACUGCCCUCACUGUCCUUACUUUACUGCCGACGGCUCUCCCUCUCCAAACGAUGUUCGGACAAAGAUUCACCUCGAAUUCGGUAUUGACACAAACCAAGAACUGACCGUGAAUGGUCACUCACCUUUUUCCAAAAACCAACCUCUUGCCCUCACAGCGAGACAGAUUCGCCCAGACGAUGGUCAACUAGGACCAAUCCUUGACCUCGAUUUCGCGUUAGAAAAGUUGCCCGCCGUCAACAGUCACGACACUCCAGAUCUAUCCGUCACUCCUCUUCGACUGACUAUCCUUGCCCUUCAAGGCCACCCCGUCAAGGCCGAUACCGUAUCUAUUUCUCUCCUAGCCUCCCCAGAACAAACCUCGAUUGCCGUCGUCUCCACCCUUCCCUUCAAAGACUCACCAGGUGCCACAACCUGCAAUACUGCCUCCAAUUGGGCUGCUUGUCGGUACCAUGCUAUUGUUUCAGCUGGGCUCAAGACCCGGCCGAUCAGCUAUGGUAUUCAAGGAUCAUUUCCUCCCGCGAAACCCGGUUGUCAUAUGAAAUCAGGAAGCAAGUCAGUUACCAAGGGCGCUCAUCACCGCCACCAUUACCAUGCCCACCAUCUUGGCCGCCUACUCCACCAAACACUCAGAUUCUUCGUCAUCCCCGCCCUCCUCGGAGUCAUUGGAGGUCUUGUCGCCAGUGCCAUCGGUAUGGUGGUUGGCCAGUUGAUUGUCUUCAUCUGGGUUCGAUUCUAUCGGGGUGAUCGACGAGGACGAGUACACGGCCGUGCUGUCGAGAUUGUGGUUGAAGAGGAUGAAAAGGACACACUCUUAGCCAGAGAGGACAUCCAGCCACCGUUAUAUGAAUAUGUCGCAGCGGAAGAGAAAGCAGACCAAGAUGAGAAAAAGUCGUGAAACCCGAAAAGCGCAGGCAAAAAUCACGGAAUGCAAGUCACAUAUGUCAUACCACCACACCUGCACUUGAGAUGUUAUCCACAAACCACAUUGGACACUCCUCUCAUCGUCCUAGGACACAACGUUUGAUGCGUAAACAAUAGAUACCCCCGCGGCAUUGCAGGUGUUGGGUCGAAGGGAUAACGGCAGGAAUACUGGAACACUGGAACACUGGGCUCUGCCACCAUUAUAUUUGGCACACUCCGGCGGUCCAUUGUGGAUCAAAGACCAACGCCGUCGGAUUUUAUUUAGGAUUCGAAUCGAAUUUGGACAAUUCACCACUCCAGCCCAGAUCAAGUUAGUGGGGUGUGGUUUACUUAGCGAAGGCGAGAGGUUUGGGUUUGGCGUUGAAUCCAUCGAGAUGAAUCCUGUGGGCGUUUAUCCAGUUUGACUCUUGUUUCGCACGCACGGAUUAUAAGGAAAAAGGGUAGUUUAGUUGACUUAUUUACCUGUAUGACAAGUAGUGACUUUUAAGAGUUGAGGGGUUGGGUCGGGAGCAAUCAUUAUUGAAAAACGUAAUGCCGCACCUUGUAUAGGGUUUAGCUUAGUCGUUUCUCACGAUCAUAGGAUUUCUGAUUUAAAUUACCACGUGAUAAAUGAUACUACAAAA